UCGUCAACUCUCAAUAAAUGUGCAGUAGCUAUAGAUAUAGUGGUGUGUAUUUUUUCUUUCUUUUGCAAAUACGUCGGUUCGUCGUUAAAAAAGUAGUGAUAAGGGGAGUGUUUUCUUCCCGCGCGCCAAUAUGCCGCGUAAGUGGCGGUUGGCGCAAUUUUGGCUGCUUGGCAUCGCAUUAAUUAGAGGAACCGUUAUUUGUCAAGAUGAUGUUAAUAAUGAUGAGAAUAUUAUCGGGGACGGGAUACUGCUUAAUGUCGUUUCCCCCAGUCCUGAACAUACAGAACCUCUGAAGCCUAUAACAAGUUCACCGAUUAUUCGUGACAUGAGUAUUGCAGAUGCAAAGGAAACACAAAAGACUGUGAUGACGGGGGAAGCAAAACCCAAGCUUGCAUUUGUUGACGAUUCUAGUGAAAAUAAUGACAUAGUUGAAACUGCCCCGGACAUGACAAAAUCCUCAACAUCGAUUAAUAGCUCGGAAGUAGUGCAAAGGCAGCCAAUAGUUACACAUGAUGAGGCUUUAGAAGCUAAUGAUGACAAUCCGGGUGAUACUCCACUUGUUGGAAGGCUUAUGGUGUGGGCAAGAGAAAUGAUACAGACCGAUUUCAACUACCUCAUUGGCUGUGGAACUGUUUUAUCUUCAAUAAUCACGCAACUUAUACCAUUGCAUACUGUUAUGACUGUGCGUUAUAACAAAUCAACGGGCAAUUUGAAGACCUUGAAUUUUGUCACAGUUGCCUUUGCUAAUUUCUUAUGGUCGCUAUAUGGACUGAUUUGCUACAAUACGGUUAUCAUCCUAUCUAGCAUUCCAAGUUUUGUCCUUAGCUGCUCGUAUAUUCUGAUUUUUCACCGGUACUGCCAGGAUUCACAUCAGAUGCGCAUUCUUCACUUAUUCUAUAAGAUUUCUGCUAUAUGCUGCAUGGUUCUUGGAAUGAGUUAUAUAGGUUUAGAUACUACGAGUUAUCUCAACUUCAUUGGCCUUUUUGGUGGAUCUAUCCAGGCUUUCUCUUAUAUCGCACCGCUCUUCUCCAUAAGAGAAAUUAUGAAACAAAGGAGUACUUCAGCGAUGCCGACGGAAAUAUCGUUGGCUAACUUUAUUGGAUCUUUUUUCACUUUGUGUUACGGGUUCAUCAUAUGGGAUUACAUAGUAAUUGCCCCUAACUUCAUUGGGAUGAUCUCGGGAAUGAUACAGAUUGUACUACUCAUAUUGAUACACAACAAUGAAAAGAUUGUUGUUGCCGAAGUGGAAAUUUUAGAAAAACAACACUUCAAAGCAAUACACAAACCAUGUCUGGAAAUUUGACAGGAAUAUUUUGGUCAUUGAUUCUAAUGACUGCAUGUUCAUCUGAAUGGACUUUAGCAUAAUUCUAAAUGAGACAAAUAACGUAUUUAA